AUGCCGGGGCCGGGGUCCGCGCAGCGCUGGGCGGCCGCCGCGGGCCGUUGGGGCUGCAGGCUGCUCGCGCUGCUGCUGCUGGUGCCGGGGCCCGGCGGCGCCUCCGAGAUCACCUUCGAGCUGCCGGACAAUGCCAAGCAGUGUUUCUACGAGGACAUCACGCAGGGCACCAAGUGCACCCUCGAGUUCCAGGUGAUUACUGGCGGUCACUAUGAUGUAGACUGUCGGUUAGAAGAUCCCGAUGGUAAUGUGUUAUACAAAGAGAUGAAGAAACAGUAUGAUAGCUUUACCUUCACAGCCUCCAAAAAUGGGACAUACAAAUUUUGUUUCAGCAAUGAAUUUUCUACUUUCACACACAAAACCGUCUAUUUUGAUUUUCAAGUUGGAGAGGACCCACCUUUGUUUCCUAGCGAGAACCGAGUCAGUGCUCUUACCCAGAUGGAAUCUGCCUGUGUGUCCAUUCAUGAAGCUCUAAAGUCGGUCAUCGACUAUCAGACUCAUUUCCGUUUGAGAGAAGCUCAAGGCCGAAGCCGAGCGGAAGACCUAAAUACCAGAGUGGCCUACUGGUCCACUUUCAAAAAAUCUCCUGGACACCAGGAGUCAGCUUCCAAGACACCCGAUGACCUCCCCCUGCGUGAUCUGGCUGAGCCUGGCCCCAUGGCGCCGGCGUCCGCUGGGGAGCACGAGGGAGCCGAGGACCGGGAAGACACGUCAGAGGAGGACGAGGUGUUCCUCAAGUUCGUGAUCCUGCAUGCGGAGGACGACACAGACGAGGCCCUCAGAGUCCAGAACGUGCUGGAGAACGACUUCGGCAUCAAGCCCGGGAUCAUCUUUGCCGAGAUGCCCUGCGGCCGGCAGCACCUGCAGAACUUGGAUGACGCCGUGAACGGGUCUGCGUGGACCAUCUUGUUACUGACCGAGAACUUCCUGAGAGACACCUGGUGCAAGUUCCAGUUCUACACGUCACUCAUGAACUCGGUGAACAGGCAGCACAAGUACAACUCGGUCAUCCCCCUGCGGCCCCUGCACAACCCCCUGCCCCGCGACAGGACUCCCUUCGCUCUGCGGACCAUCAAUGCCCUGGAGGAAGAGAGCCGGGGCUUUCCCACCCAAGUCGAAAGAAUCUUCCAGGAGUCCGUGUAUCAGAUCCAGCAGGCUCUGUGGAAGGAGAGCCGAAGCAGUGGCCGCCAGCAGGCCCUCUCCUGAGACGGAGCCCCCAGCACGCAGCUGGCUGGCUCUCGUCUGGCAAAGGCCACCGCUCGUCUCCCCUUAAGAAGGCCCAGCUCUGGCAAGAAGUUGACAGGAGCUGACACAGACCCAGGUGCUCAAGCAUGAUACGUUUCUGUGGGACCCCGCAUAG